AUUACAUCAGCCGAGGGAAAGUCGAAUGGCCAAUGCGAAUGAGCCAAUGGUCAACAAGGGAGGUUCACCCAGCUCUUGACCAACCAUCAACACAUUUUUAGGAUACACUCACCAAAGACGAACGAGGCAACGAAGAACGGAAAACAAGAACGAUGUCAACAUUGACAAUCGGUACUAACCUCAAACUGGAAGCUUCUACCUCUCAAAGGCCAUUCUUCGAGCCCAUCAAAAACACCCAUUCUGCAAGAAGUUCUAUUUCUCAUCCGCAAUUACGUGAUCUGUUGAUAUGUCCUACUCAAGCCCAUCAUGUUCAAACAGUCUCAGGACAUGGAGUCGAUGCCCAUGUUUUGGACAUAUACAAUGCGGCUCAUGGAUAACGCCACAUCCUUUCAUCCGAAUUGCUUGGUUUCGGGUUGCGGUUAUGUUGCGAUCGGCGGAAGUUCUGCUGACCUGCUCAUCAGAUCAGUUGACAUCCACUCUCGAUGGGAGUUAAAAGUCUCUACCGGUCAAUCAAUCGUCAACUCCGUUCACUUCUUUCAAGCUUCACCCCGUGGCAAUCCUCAAGUUUUGGUUUGUAAUAAUGACCAGACCAUUACUCAAUAUGACCUUUCCAGCGUCUCAACCAUUCAAAAUGCCGCAUCGGAAUCGUUAUCCGUGGAUCCUGCUCAUCGCCCCACACCAGGCUCGAGAUCUCGCGAAGCAGACGGCGACAAUCUAUUAGAUCCCCCCGUCUCCACUGGUAACGAGAAACCGGUGUUAACACAUAAGUCCAGCAUCAUUUUCCCGGUCCCAGUCAAUCACUGCAGUGUUAGUCCAGACUCGAAAACGAUGGUGGCGGUAGGUGACAGCAGUGAAGUGUUUAUUUACGACUGUCAAAACGCACAUCAAUCCAAUGAACCCUUAAUUGGCGAUUGGCGAUUGGGCCCCCGAAAGAUCUAUCUUCCUGGAGUCUCCGCUCUCACUGGCAGCUUCAGUACGAGUUGGAAUCAGUAUGGAGAUAAAUUUGCAGUCGCAAGUGAAGGUGAAGUGGUUGUGGUCUAUGAUAUGAAGAUGCUUGGGAAGCCCCUUCUAGUGAAGCAAACCGCUCAAAAAGGAAGGCCUGGAGGCGCGAGAGUGGUCAAGUUCAGUCCUGCUGGUCCUAACGAGCUAUUGGCAUUCACUGAGCAUCAAUCUUUGGUUCAUGUCUUGGAUGCUCGGACCUUUGAUCCAGAUCAUGAAGAAAUAUUGACAGUCCCGACACCCUUCCCCGGAAUGACACCCUUCCCACCACGCCUAUCACCUGGGUCCAUCAGAACACAUCAAUCAACAAGCAGUCCAGCUCGGCCUUCCUCCCUUCUAGAUCGCUCAAGUCUCAUUUAUGAUGAAGAGAACGCUUCAAGCGCAUCAAGACGAAUGAGUGAGCUGCAUGCUCAGCUGUCACGUGGAGCUAGAAGAAACUUUCGUCCAAUCGAAAUGGAUCUUGAUAUCGAGCCAGAAGAGCAUGAGCAGGACGAUGAAGACAACCCAGAUGCUGAACCGAACAGAAGGAACCGUCUUCGCCGACGAAACAGACAAUCUGGGUCCCCGGCAUCGAGGGAGGAGCCGAUCACCGAAAUGAGUUUUGCAGAACCAAUGUUUGGAGAAUUUUCUGGGAGGCGGAGCCCGGAACUCGAUACUGUUGGGGAACGGAUGUGGGGGGCUGCUGAAGAGCGGAAUGAUCUCAACCUGGGAUCGUCACUGACAAGCCGAGGGAGUCAACUCUUUGGGACAGGUAUCAGAGCAAGUCGGACGCAGAGAGGAUAUAGUUGGGCGGUGAGGUCACGACUGCAGCCUAAUUUAGAGGAUGACGAUGCAUGCUUAGAGGGUGAAGGAGGAGAACAAGGCUCGCAAGCAAGACCGAAUAACUCAUCAUCACGAACAACUUCGGCGGGUACCAGGUUGGAAUGGGGCCCACCUUCCACGUCCACGUCCUCGAGUCGACAGAUUCAACUCAAUGGAUCAUCGAUCCGAGUCUUGAGUGUCGAUGAUGAUCGCAGUAGUCGAGUGGACAACAAUUCGACGAACACCCCCUCAUCAACGACAGCUGCAAUACUUCGGGCCCGGGUCCCAGCGGCCACGUCGAUCGCACAAGCCCAUUCGCAACUGAUUGCCAACCGGCUCGGCCAAAACCCUCCCCCAUUCUCGCGCUCGGAGGCAUGGUUUGAUCUGGACGGAGGAGGCCCGCCGGGGGCGAUCCGCAACCGCUCAAACUCGCUCUACGGACUCAUCUCGUCCUCUUACUCGGGCGUGAGGAGCGGGAUGUGGGACGAUCUUAUCGGCUUGAGUUGGUCCCCUGAUGGCGAUUGGUUGGUCUCUGGGACCGAAGUCGCUCUCGUCGAAUGGAAAGUCAAACGCUCUAGUCGCGCAGGUUUUGGUGACUCGAGAUUGUGCUGAUCUUCCUCUUUUCUUUAUCAAACAUUUUCCCUUCUUCCUUUCUCCCUCCCGCUCUCUCUCUCUCUCUCUUUCUCUUCUGCAGGCCUCUGUUUUUUUCUUUUCCUUUCUCUCUCUUCUCCAGCCCUCUUUUUUUUUCUCCCUCUUCUCCAGUUCUCUGUUUUUCGUUUCCUUGCUCCUUUUUUCAAUUUCUGACAAAUCACGCUUUUUUUGUUGGGGGUGUAUCAAGCAUACGUUUUUGAUUCUGAUUCUUGUGACCCAUCCCCUUAUUGGUUUGUUUUUUUGCAUUAAUGUAUGUAAAUAUGUAUUGUACAAUCAAUUGUUGAUUCAAAAACACAAAAAAAUAGGUUUACCAUACGGCUUUUGUACUGAAUUUUAUAUUUAUCACAUUUGAUAUUUGAUCUGUCUUAUAUCUCAAGAAGAG